AUGGCCUCCACGUCUGAGGGCUCUUCCAAUCAGACACCCAGUUCGGCCGACCACCUGGCCAACAACCACUAUGGUCAGAACUUCAGGUUCCCCUCCCACAGUGAGCUUGCUGGUGGUGGGUUGACGUUGUUUGCCCGUGUGGAAGUCUCCUCGUGGCUGAAGCGAUUCGACUGGUGGCGUCAGAUCAAAGGGAUUGAUGACACUCAAGCACUCAACUUCAUGAAAGGCUUCUGUACAGACACAAUCGUUGCCGGAGAAGUGGAGAGAUUCACUACAAGCGCCAAAACUUGGGAUGAACAGAAGGAGCGACUGUUGGUUGCUUAUCGCCCUUGGGACCAUCUCCAGGCGUACACCCCCGAGCAGGAGCGCCUGAACAUCAUCAACAACCGUUUCAUUACCGAUGCCGCUAGCCUCUGGUCGUUCAUUGUGGACUAUGACAACGCUCUCACUCGUCUUAAGAUCAGAGACAGUCAACCUGUGGCAGAAGCAUGGAUGAAGCUCCCUUCGACCUGGAUCAAGCGCCUCCGAGCUGACCAUGGUGUUACUGCCGAAAGCGUCAGCGACAAGAAGUGGCCUUACCUUAUGGAAAAGCUGUUGGAGGUUCAUCGUGAAGCACUCCAGGAGGAGACUCAAGACCAACUUGCCUCCGGUGCUACCAACCUUCAACUUCAUCAACAGGCUCAAUUCCAAGGUCCUCCUAUGCCUCCACCUCAGCCGGUCCUUGACCAGACACGGCCCGUUCCUGUUCCACAUCCGAUGCAUAGUGCUCCCAGUCAACCGAUGAACCCGUCGGGACAAGCAGUAGGGCCAUCGUACUAUCAACCGCCUCAACAGUCAACUCGUGAUUGGCAAGCUCAGCCUGAACCGACUAAGCAGAUCUUGAAGGCUGAACCUGCUCAGAAGAGCGACCAAGGAUACAACCAGUUGGCUUCAAUGAUGGAGCAACUCCGCAUUGACCAAAUUGCAAUGGCAAAAUCCUUAAAGCUGCAGACUGAUGCUCUCAGACAGACGCGGGAUGUCUCGUAUGACCAAACCAAGGCUCUACAGGAGAUCUCACAACUGAUCAGGCGUCCCCAAACUGUUUCUGCGAGGAAUCCUCCCCAGGGGAAUGCAAAUUCCUUGCAGAUGGGUGUUACCUACACAAGUCCGGAGGACGAGGGGGAGCAGUACUCUGAAGCAUGGCGAGCGGAGAUCAAUGAAAUCCUGAAGAAGGACGGAACUCUGCGCAGGUGCUACGGCUUGUCAUAUGGCCAGGUCAUGUCCGCUCGAGAUAACCCCAAAGGCGGUAUGAUCCGUCUGAUCCUCGGUCUCUGUGAGGAUCAGCGGCUGAAGGGUGUUGAGGAUCCUUGGAUCUCUCGAUAUGUCAGCCUGGUCCAAGAGGACGAGAAAUGGCGUGGAGACCCUGAGAUGGCCAAGAAUAAGACACUGUGGGAAGAGACCGACCCCGUUCCCAGACGCAACAAUCAGUACAGGACCAACAACAUUGAGAUCCUCAGCAAUGCUGCAUCAAUGCUGUGGGUGUUGGGCCUGUCCAAGCCCAGGUAA